UUUGGUUUUCGAUUUUUGUCUCUCCAUGAGGCAGAGAAAUUCAUGAAUGCUUUGAAGGGUAUCUGCAAGGAAGGGAUGGAUACUGAACCUGUUAAUACUGACAUUGGAUCUGAAAUUUCAUCACAGUCUGAGCUCACGUCCUCUAAUAGACCCCUCAAUCCGGCUUGCAAGGACUUGACUACCAUGACUCCUGUUCAGACUUAUACGCCUAAAAUAUCACCCAGCUUGUUGAAUAAUGAAGCUGAGCAAUACUCAUGCACUCAAGAAUUCACGCCUAUUGAUAACUUACAGAGCAACUUUGCAGCCUUGCCUCCAAGUUUCACCUCAUUUCUGAGCAACUGUGGCCGUGUUGUUGAACAAGUGGCAACACAACCAACUGGAUCACAGGAAGUCGAUCUCAAAUCCCAAAUCGCGAGAUAUAUGGAAGAUGCUUCCUUCCAAGAUAUGUUGUUUCAAGUGGAGAAAGUUAUCAGUGAAAUAGGAGGCGAUUCGAUGCUGUGAUUGUUCUUGGCCCUGCAUUGGCGUUUCCUCUCCGGUUGCCCAGCCAGGAGGUGGGAUUUUGUCACUUACAGCCCAAAACACGUUCUUAUUCAAAUGAUUUCGUGGCAAUAACUCUGUCUCUUUUUCUUUAAUGUAAAUCUUUUGCAUGUCUUCUGCUAUACACUCUAACAUUUUC